GAAAAAAAUUACUACCAUUUUAGGGGAGGAUGGAAGCCACUAUACUGACCCAUCUAAGGUUUUACAGUCGCCUUUAAGUGUCUUUUUUAUUGAAAUAAUAAAAUAAACAUGUCGCUAACAAAUUAUUAUUCCAUGAUGGGGCUGCAGACUGAGGAGCCGUACGGUGCGCAUUUCCUCCCCGCAGGCUUGCAGGCGUCGACGGCGGGCUGCGCGAAGCCGUCGCGCGGUGGCGCGGAGGAGGAGGAGGGGACCCCCGGCCCCCACAUUCCGGAAUUUGCCCCACACUUUCCCAACAAGCAAAGCGGCUUGAACGGCUUCUCCCCCUGGACGAACCCCCCAUCGGCGUCGUCGUCGUCGUCCCCGCCGCUGCAGGCCGCCCCGGGCGCGUCCCUCUCGGGGCUUUUCCCCCCGCACCACCUCCUCGGCCACCACCACCACCACCACCACCAGCAGCAGCAGCAGCACCACCACCACCAGCAGCAGCCGCCGCAGCCGCAGCCGCAGCCGCAGCCGCAGCAGCCCCCCUACUACGCCGAGCACCUCGCCCCGGCCUCGGAGGGCCGCUUCGUCCGCUGCUGGGAGGGCCCGCCCCCGCCCCCGCCCCAGCCCCAGCCGCAGGGCUGCCCGUCGAACCCCAACCCGAGGUUCGAGACGGUGAAGCCCGACGGCUCGCCUCCUCGGUCGCGCGGCAGCCCCGGCGGGGACUCCGGCUUCGCCGGCCCGGGCGCGGUGGUGCUCGAGCGGCUGGGGACGGCCGAGGAGCUGCGCAGCAAGCCGGAGCCCAAAAAGGAAGACGACGACCAGGACGAGGACGACGCCAGGAAAGCCCGACCGGUGCCGCCGGACCCAGAGAACCCGUCGGCCAGCUGGAUCCACGCCAAGUCCACCCGCAAGAAGCGCUGCCCCUACACCAAGCACCAGACCCUGGAGCUGGAGAAGGAGUUCCUGUAUAACAUGUACCUGACCCGGGACCGGCGCCUGGAGGUGGCCAGACUCUUGAACCUGACCGAGCGCCAGGUGAAAAUCUGGUUCCAGAACCGACGUAUGAAGAUGAAGAAGCUGAUGAUCCGGGAGAGGAGGAGCAUCAAUGAAUAGGGAUAAGGGAUAACGCAGGGGUGGAAAAUCCAAAUGUAAAAAAAAAAAAAAAAAAAAAAAAUCAAAAUUAAAAAAUGAUUUUUUUGGAAGCUUCUCCUCAAACCUCCACAUGCAAGCUGAAUGGACGACGUCACAGGACUUUGAAGUUUAAAACAACAACAACAACAACAAAACAUUACGAACUAAGAUGGAGACAUCCACACUGUGACACGCUUAAGUCCAUGUGAAUGCAAACUAUAUAUUUUUUUGCUUUUAUCCUCUUUGUUGGCAUGUCGUUGUGAGAAUUUAGUAGGAUUUUGUACCAAAAAAAAAAAAAAAAAACGCACUAAAUUUGUUGCAAUUUUUUUGGGAGGGCUAACUCGACAAUGAAAUGGGAAUGAAGUUGUGGUCAAAUAUUUCUGUGCGGCAUGUCGGCCAUUUUUACGCAACGUUAGGGCUCACGUCCAUUUGCUAACGUACACUUUUUAUAUCGUUUCCGAAUAGAUCUUUGCAAAGAGCAUGCCACAAGUGCUCCGAAAAUGUGGCCAAAUUUUGCGCUUUUGUGUGUGAAACCCAUCUGAAAAAAAAGUUAUGUUAAGUUUUUUACAUUCUCUGAACAGCAUUUCGGCCAUAUUUGUGGAAUCCAAUGAAAACAUUCCGACUUGAGUCCACAGAAAUGCAAACUAGAUUUUGUUUGCCUCCGUUCCCCAAUUGCCACGCGAGAAUUUAGUAGGCUUUUUUUUUUUUUGUAACUAUUGUCUUGUCGAAAAUUUAGCAGAAUUUUGUACAAAAAAAAAAAAAAAAAAACCAUGCACUAAAUUAGUAGCAAAGUGUCAUUUCUUUGGAGGGUUAACUUGAAAAUGUGUAUGAACGGAUGUUGUGAAAGUAACGUACGCUAACCUCUUCAAAAUUGCCGUAAAAUAUCCCCGCGGGCAUUUUUGUGAACUGCACGGUGGCAGACGUCGCCGUUUUCAUGUCCGUUUGUUCAUAAUAGCAGCACUUACGUUUUGUACCGAUUGCCACUAAAUUCUUGUGAGAACACUUUUCCAACAACAUUUUGUGAUGCAUCGUACUUUGCAAAACAAAAACAAAAAAAAAGGUCACAUCCAUUUAUGAAUAUUAUUCAACUUUUUGUACAAUUUCCAACUAAACUUUGUAAUGGUAAAUGGUAGGAAAUAUGCCCAAAAAUUCUUAUUUGAAAAAAGUAGUCCUUAUAUCUAUGAACAUAAUUUAGUGGUUAACUUUUUAUUGUCUGAUUUAUGACACACUGAAAUUUAAUUUUGUACAUGAUGUGAUGUAUUGUAAUUAGUAGAAAAUCUAUUUGAAGAGUGUUAUGUCAAGAAAUAUGCAACCAAAUUACAGUAAAAUAUUAUUAGAGCAUUUUCUGCACAGCACGUCGGCCAUAUCUAUGGAAUGCAUCACGACAGGCCAUUUUUGCGUGUUUCGGAAAAAUACAUUUUGUAACAUUUCCUACUAAAUUUUUGUCAUGACAUGCGGCCCCCCCCCCCCCCCCCAUCCCCCUUUUUGUCUGUGGGAAGUAUGGUAAUUAGUAGAAAACUUUUAACGAAAAUGUUAGGAAAUGAUAGCGCCCCAUAUUGGAGAUCAUUGCUUCUUGGGCUAAGCUUUUUUUUGUGCAAUUUCCUACUAAGCUCUCAUCACGUGUCGCCCCGUCAACACAAUUUUGUAUUACUGUAUAGUGUUGUAUUUAGUAGAAAACUUUUGACAAAAUGUAAUGUAUAUUGUCAGGAAACAGUCCAGUCCAUCGCCAUUUACACAGGCGCAGUCACACACUUUUUUUUUGUUUUUUUUGUGUCCAAUUUCCGACUAAAUUGCCCUCAUAGAGGCUCCGCGUGCCCCACCAGUGAUGUCACGACUCAACAUGUAUGAUUUAUUUCAAUGUAGAAAACAUCACAGAAAGAGCAACAUGCUGAGCUCGCACCAAAAAAAAUGGGCUAAAAUUGAAAUGAAAUGAAAUUCUCAUUUCAACGAUGGACUGUGUAAAUAUGGAGCAUCUGAAGUUAAAUUAGGUGACAUGUGCAUGGGUGGUUAUUGUUUGUUUUAGAGACAAAAAAGGCGCAUUCACUAAUUCUUCAUAUUUGUUACUAAAUUGCGCUUCAGCAGUCAUCGUUGAUUUCAUCGUCUCUGUUAAAUGUGACAAAUAGUCGGUAGGACAGACAGUAGCAUCACUUUUGGUGUGACGCAUUUCCACAAUAUAUAUGUGAAAUUGUCCUCGCCGCCAUUUCCCAAAGGUCAAGUGACAUGCGGACAUAAUGAGUCCAAUUUAUGCCACAGUUAGCAUGUGACCCCCGACAUGGAUAAAAAUGCAGCCGAAUGAAACGGGAAAGACAUACCGACGCGGCUCUUUGUCUUCGUCACGGCCGCUAACGCUACGAGCUAACCGCUGCCGUGUCGUUUGUGUAAACGAGCUCAGAAGGCACGAUUUCGUAGACGAGCUCCAAAAAAGGGCGCGAUUCUCGACGACGUCGACACAAACGGGCGACCGUGAUGGAAACCACAUCCCGGCAGUUGGUUAGCAUUAGCACGUGGCAGAGGGUCGGCGUUAGCACCCGCACAUUGCACCAUUAGCGAGUAGACUCGAAAAGUGCAAAUUAAAAUGAUAUGAGACGUUCUUCCUUCGUCGUUCGCAGGCUAAAACUAGCUUGUCGUGUAUUCAUUGUGCUUGUGAGAGGAGUUGCACGGCGGAGAGGCAGGAUACGUCGCGGGCCGGUCGCUCGAUUGGCCAGCGGCAAACAACCGUCCGGACCGAUCAACAAUUUUCUGAUGAAGCAAACGUGGAUGUUUUGGGAACGUGGGAGGAAGCUCGACUCCCCAGACAAAACCCUUGCAAGCGCAAGAAUUGAACUCAGAACCUUUGAGCUGCCAGGCAGGAUGCGCUAACCACGAGCUGUGCUAACCUACGCAAAUGUUAUUCCUUAGUUGUUGUGUUGAUAUUGUUACUCUUAUUUAUUGUUCUAAAAUCCACAGAAAGGAUGUUUUUACUCCACCGACCGCCGUCAUUGCUUUAAGCCAAACCACACGCAAACCAAAACGUUAUUGAGAAGCAAACUGUUUGUUUUGAAGCGAGGAUUUGUGGUUGCAAAGUUUCAACUGAGCCAACGUUUUCCUUUUUCUUUUUCCUUUUUUUCCAUGUGUAAUCUAACGGGCAUACGUGUUGUAGUUGUCAUCGUCUAUUUGUUGCAAUUCACACAAGCGCGUGCGCACACACUGUGGUUGCUAGGUGUCAGCUAACAACAACACACCUGCUGAUUUGGGUUUUUGGUUUUUUUUCCUCUUCUAUUUUUGGAUGCACAACGCAACACAACCCCGACAGUGUGUGUGUGUGUGUGUGUGUUUGUGUAUCUUCCAUGUGACACAACUGGAGCCCAAAUGUCAUGAUGUCUGUUCUUUUUCCCCCUGUUUUUUCUUUUAUUUUUAUUUUUUUAAAUGAAAUAAAAGGUGCAU